AGCGUGGAUUUCAAUGACAUUCUUCCUAGCUUUCAUAAGACAGCUCAUUUCCCAGUUUUAAACAUGCAUUUAACGCGUUUAAUCAGAACAUCUACAAGAGAAGCUUUAAAAGGCUACAUUUGCCAUCAUGUGCAGUCGUUACACACAGGAUGUCAGCUCCUGACAGCAGACAAAACCCUCCUGAUCAAACUGAGGAAAAGCACCGGCUACACUUUCAUAAACUGCAAGAAAGCUCUGGAGAAAUUUGACAAUGACAUAACUCAGGCUGAAAGCUGGCUGCAUGAGCAGGCUCAGAAAGAGGGCUGGAGCAAAGCAAACAAGCUGGAGGGUCGAAAAACCAAAGAGGGUCUGAUCGGUCUGUUUGUAGGAGACAAAGUUGCAGCCAUGGUGGAGGUGAACUGUGAGACAGACUUUGUCGCUCGCAACGAGAAGUUCCAGCAGUUGGUGACGGAUGUGACUUUAGCCGCCUCGGCUCACCAUCAGAGUAAAAAUCAAAGCAGUGCCGGAUAUGUAAAGAGCUUACUGGCAGGUGAUGAGUUAAACAAACUCUGUACGGGUGAAGGACUUUCAGUAGCUGACCAGGUGGCUUUCGCAAUAGGUCGACUCGGUGAAAACAUCUACAUGAAGCGGGCCAUAACAGUGAGGGUCCCAACUGAGUGGCACAUUGGCUCAUAUGUACAUGGCAGCAUCAGCAGUCAGACUGAGGUGGCCAUGGGCCGCUAUGGUGCUCUGGUGAUAUUUCAGGGUGGAAAAGAGGGAGAACAGGACAUUCUGGGUCAUAAACUGGGACAGCACGUAGUAGGGGAGGCCCCCUUGUCCCUGGGUAAUAUGGAUGACCUGCCCUCUGGUGAAGAUGAGACACGCCUGCUGCCUCAGACCUUUCUUUCAGACCCCAGCAGGACUGUGGCAGAGUUCCUCAGGGGUCAGCAGGCUCAAGUGCUGGACUUUGUCCGAUUUCAGUGUGGUGAGGCAUCAAUGGAGGAGGCAGAAUAAAGGGGGAAUCUCCUUUAAAUGUGCGUAAAGAUAAAAUGUAGGCGUUGUUUGUUGUAGAAAUGCAGUCACAUGGCUCCGUCAUGAAUUUUAUAGCAGAAUAUUGUAACCUACAUGCAUUGAAGGGUAAUAAAAUUUACAAAUGCAACAGUAAAAAUUUUCUCCUGAAAAACUUUCCUUAGUCUUAAAUUUUCUGUACAACUCUGUACUGUAGCUUUGCAAACUUUGCUCUUUUUAGGCAUUUUUUUUUAAU